UUCAUCAACCUCAGCUUCCUGCGCCUGUUUCGGGCCGCCCGGCUCAUCAAGCUGCUGCGCCAAGGCUACACCAUCCGCAUUCUGCUGUGGACCUUUGUGCAGUCCUUCAAGGCCCUGCCCUACGUGUGUCUUCUCAUCGCCAUGCUGUUCUUCAUCUACGCCAUCAUCGGCAUGCAGGUUUUUGGAAAUAUUGCGCUGGAUGAUGACAGCAGCAUCAACCGGCACAACAACUUCCGGACGUUUCUGCAGGCCCUGAUGCUGCUGUUCAGGAGUGCCACGGGGGAGGCCUGGCAUGAGAUCAUGCUGUCCUGUCUCAGCAAUCAGGCCUGUGAUGAGCACGCCAAUGCCAGUGAGUGUGGGAGCGACUUUGCCUACUUCUACUUCGUCUCCUUCAUCUUCCUUUGCUCCUUUCUGAUGUUGAACCUCUUUGUGGCCGUGAUCAUGGACAAUUUUGAGUACCUUACACGGGACUCUUCCAUCCUAGGGCCUCACCACCUGGACGAGUUCAUCCGGGUCUGGGCUGAGUACGACCCGGCUGCGUGUGGGCGCAUCAGUUACAAUGACAUGUUUGAGAUGCUGAAACACAUGUCCCCACCCCUGGGGCUGGGGAAGAAAUGCCCUGCUCGAGUUGCAUACAAGCGCCUGGUUCGCAUGAACAUGCCCAUCUCCAACGAGGACAUGACUGUCCACUUCACGUCCACGCUGAUGGCCCUCAUCCGGACCGCACUGGAGAUCAAGCUGGCUCCAGCCGGCACCAAGCAGCACCAGUGUGAUGCCGAGUUGAGGAAGGAGAUCUCCUCUGUGUGGGCCAAUCUGCCCCAGAAGACCCUGGAUUUACUGGUGCCACCCCAUAAACCCGAUGAGAUGACUGUGGGAAAAGUGUACGCAGCUCUGAUGAUAUUCGACUUCUACAAACAGAACAAGACCACCAGAGAUCAGAUUCACCAGGCAACAGGAGGCCUGUCCCAGAUGGGCCCUGUGUCCCUCUUCCACCCUCUGAAGGCUACGCUGGAGCAGACACAGCCCGCGGUGCUCCGAGGAGCCCGGGUUUUCCUUCGGCAGAAGAGCUCUGCCUCCCUCAGCAACGGCGGGGCCGUCCAAACCCAAGAGAGCGGCAUCAAGGAGUCUGUUUCCUGGGGCACCCAGCGGACCCAGGAGGUGCCCAGUGAGGCAAGGACAUCCCUGGAGCGUGGCCACUCCACAGAGAUCCCAGUGGUGCAGCUGGGAAAACCGGCCAUCGAUGUCCAGAGGCAGAGCGUGGCCCUGAGAGGUCCUGACGGGGAACCCCAGCCUGGUCUGGAGAGCCAGGGACGAGCAGCCUCCAUGCCCCGCCUGGCUGCAGAGACUCAGCCGGCCCCCAGCGCCAGCCCCAUGAAGCGGUCCAUCUCCACACUGGCGCCCCAGCGCCCUCAUGUGGCUCAUCUCUGCAACGCUGCCCUGGACCGCGCCCCGGCCAGCCAGCCUGUGCCCCACCACCACCACCGCUGCCAUCGCCGCAGGGACAGGAAGCAGAAGUCCCUGGAGAAGGGGCCCAGCCUGUCCGCAGACACAGAUGGUGCACCCAGCAGUGCUGCAGGGCCAGGCCCACCCCCGGGAGAGGGACCCACAGGCUGCCGGAGGGAGCGCAGACAGGAGCGAGGCCGGUCCCAGGAGCGGAGGCAGCCUUCUUCCUCUUCCUCUGAGAAGCAACGCUUCUACUCCUGUGACCGCUUUGGGGGCCGUGAGCCCUCGCAUCCCAAACCCUCUCUCAGCAGCCACCCCACAUCACCAACAGCUGGGCAGGAGCCAGGACCCCCGAGACCGGGUGGUGGUUCAAUGAACGGGAGCCCCUUGUUGUCGACAUCUGGUGCUAGCACCCCUGGCCGUGGCGGGCGGAGGCAGCUCCCCCAGACUCCGCUGACCCCCCGUCCCAGUGUCACCUACAAGACGGCCAACUCUUCGCCUGUCCACUUCGCUGGGGCACAGACCAGCCUCCCCACCUUCUCCCCAGGCCGGCUUAGUCGUGGCCUUUCUGAACACAACGCUCUGCUCCAGAGAGACCCCCUCAGCCAGCCCCUGGCCGCCGGCUCUAGGAUCGGCUCUGACCCUUACCUGGGGCAGCGUCUGGACAGUGAGGACACAGCCCGCACCCAGCCUGAGGACACGCUUACCUUCGAGGAGGCUGUGGCCACCAACUCAGGCCGCUCCUCCCGGACUUCCUACGUGUCCUCUCUGACCUCCCAGUCCCACCCACUCCGCCGCGUGCCCAACGGCUACCACUGCACUCUGGGACUCAGCUCGGGCGGCCGGGCCCGGCACAGCUACCACCACCCCGACCAAGACCACUGGUGCUAGCUGUACCGCCCACGCCACGCACCUGCACAGCGGCCGCGUUCCGUCGAUGAGUUUUAUCAUCCACGCUGGGCUCCUGGGGACACUCAGGGGCACCGAGGCAGGGGCAGCAGCCCCUGGGAGGAGGGGCC